GUUUAAAGUUUGCUUGCAUCACACUCAACUGCACUCUUGACGAGACUUUUGUUCUGUGGCCGUUACAUACUCCCAGGCCGUAUGCGCAUAGCUUACAUCAAUUAAGACUGCUGCCGGAGCACUAAAGGUCUCACGCCAGCUUGUGUUUGCGACGCGUUGGUCAGAAAUGGCCCCUGAGUCUACAUGUCCGCAGCAGGGCGAGGCAGGCCCAGACCCUUCUCCUUCUGCUGAACAUCAGAAUGGCGAGUUGGACGCGGCAUCUAACGCCUCACGGCCGCGACAACUGUCUUCGCGCGAGCCGGCGUUGCCAGACGCGGACACCGCCAAGUCAGUAGCUUCCCUGGCACUGCGGCCGCGCACAGUCACCACACCUAAGGCCGACACCGCCAGUGCAACAACUGCGGCAAGAGCGGCCGCCGCUGGGAACCGCGCCUCUGCUGGUUCUCCAGACCAACAGACGCGGGAACGCCGCCAGCGCAGGGGCGGCGAUGGCCGUGGCGGCCGCAGUCUCUCAAACAGUGCCCCGGAAGCAGGCACAAAUGGCCAUUCCAGCCGCAGCGACAUGACACAUUCAGCGGCUCCCGGCUCGGCCGCGUUGCCGCCGCAGCGACAGCCAGCCGACCCAGCGGCGCUGACCGCCGCGGCUGCUGCUGCCGCCACCGCCGCCACCCUUAGCACACUGAAGCUCGCGCUGGACGCAGCAGCGCGGCCUCUGCCGGCGGUGCCCACGCUUAGUACUGCAGUCUCGCGCACGCCGGAUGGGCGCCGGCGGCAGGAGUCCAGGUCCGGGGCUCGGAACAGCAGCGGGCGCCGGCCGCGCGGGGGCUCUGGCGCGGCCCGGCCUGCGGACGGAGCGGAGGGGACGCCUUCGUCUGCGGCUGCAUCCGGGGAUGUGCUAGGAGCGGGCGUGGCGGCGGCCGCAACAUCUGCAGCAUCCGCCGCUGUUGCGGGCGGGCGGCGUGGUGGCGGGCGGGCGAGCGCUUCCACUGGCGCCCCCGCAGAUGCCGGCGCAAGCACCUCUGGCCGUGGCCGCCAGGCCCAUGCCUCCGCCGCCUCUGCCACACAAGGUUCGCCUGCCAACGGCGGUGCUGGCAGGCGCGGCGGGCGCGGCACCGCUGCAGCUGCGACCACCAACGGCAGGCAGCCUGCCUCGCCCACUCCUCCUGCCGCCCCUGCAGCGGCGGCGGCCUCCCCCGGCCCCGACUCUUCGGCCUCGGGCCCCGGCGAGGUGCAGUCGCUGCUGGUGGCCAACAGCAAGCUGGUGGCGGACCGCGAGCUGCUGGCGGUGGAGGUGCGGAGGCUGGCGGCGCAGGUCCAGCACCUCACCGCGCAGCAGGGCCUGCUGCAGGGUGAGCUGCAGCGGCUGCUGUCCAAGAACACCAGCCUCAACAGCACCCUGGCGUCGGCCGUCACCACCAGCGAGAGCCAGGCGGAGCUGCUGGACAUCCUGAAUGAGGCCGUACGGAGUACGGUACUGGUGGAUGAGCAUGCGCAGCAGUUGGUGGCGGUUGGCGGGGGGCCCGGCGGCGGCGGGAGCGAGAGCGGCGCCGCGGCGCGGGAGGAGGAGGCCGCGUGAGUGGGCAUGGGGCCUGUCGAGAUGAGCCGAUUAGGGUGUGUCGUAGCUUGCGUGGAGGUGGGCGUGUCCGGGUGCUGGGCAGAACGAGGCGGAUGCAGUGAGCACUGGGUAUUGUGGGAGCGGCUGUCUGUCGUCUGGAGUGGAGCCAGGAAACGGGGACGGUGAUACUGCACCUGGCCAUGUUCGUUACAGUUGGAGGCCGCUUUGCGACUCGGAUGCGGUGCGUCACUGGUAGAAUUGAGGUCAUGACUGCGGGGUUAGGGGGGGGGGUACAAUUCAGAGCGCGAAAGCACGCCAGAGACCAUCUGAUGCUGCCAGGGGACCAACUUCACGCCACUGACCCCCAGGGCGAUCAUGCCGAGCACGACAGAGACCCCUGAUUGUUGACAGGAAGCAUUGUGGUAAGCAGGUGGAGCAGGGUAAGGAGACUAGACGCUGUACGGAACGUUACUGCGGAGAAUGGAGUGGCAUAUCGCGAGCGUGCCGCCUUCCCGGCAUUUGUUUGAUGGACUUGUCUUAUGCUAGACUAUGAAUUUGACUCGGGUACGUGUUCCUGUGGAUGUGCGCGUGAAGUCCGACCGACAUGGCGAUGCACGCACCCCCGCCUUUGACAAUGCUUCCGAACCCUGCAAGAAGAACUCAUUCUCUGCAAACUCAUCGUCGAGUUGCUGCCCCCGACAGCUAAGAGCAACUGUAAAAUCUUAAGCUUAGACUGGCCUUACUGCAUUGACUGUGCACGCAUCAGGUGUGGCCCGAUGGAGACUGGCUGAUGGGCAGGGGAGAUGGGUCUCCCCUGCUGAUGGGCGUGCCUGGUGAUGGCGCUGGUGGUGGAGGGGAAAGCCUGCGGACUGGGACAUGGAUGCAGCUCCAGAGGCGAUAAGUUGUGCUGCCUGCGGGUGAUGGGACGUGGAAGCAGCUCCAGAGGCAUUAAGUUGUACUAGGGAGCUAGUAGGCCGGCACAUUUGCCUGUCGAGUACAAGCGGAGUGCGGGGUGGCACUGUAAAUGUGGUGCACU